AUGUUUGACCACGCUGACCCUAUCCCCCAGGACAAGCCGAAUGAGUCGGACGAGGAUCCCGAGGAAGACGCACCCCCCGAUGCUGUCGAGCGCGACCCAGCAGAGGACAACCCGACCGACCAGCACGUCAACAACCAUGACCAUGAGACUCCUCACAGGGCCAAUGAGCAACCGAAUCUCGCCUCCGAUGGCAGCGAGCCCAAAGACCGCUUUGACGCACUCGUGCGGGAUCGCGAUUCCUUACGCGCCGAAGUGACCGAUAUGCGCAAGUCGCUGGAGGAAAUCCAGUCCAAGCACAGCGCCGAGAUGGAGACGCUCCAGCAAAGAUUGGAUGAUGCCGAGAGCAAGAAGGAGCAGGCCGAGACCCAGUUCCAGAAGCUGCUGGAGCGGGUGAAUACGAUCAAAUCCCAACUGGGGGAGCGCCUCAAAGAGGAUGCCAUUGAGGAGCUCGAGGACGAGAAUACAAAUCUGAAGACGCAGCUUGAUGAUAAGACAACACAACUUUCUGCACUGACCGAGGAUGCAGCCGAAAAAGAGAAGGAGCUUGCUACAUUGCGGGAGCGGACAACUCUAUCCCAGCAGAACUGGCUCAAGGAGAAAGACGAGCUUCUUGAGCAUGAGUCCUAUCUCCAGUCAGAAUUCGAGCAAGCCAAGGAGGCCAUGCAUAAUUGGGAAGUUCUGGCAAUGGAGGAGCGCUCCAUUCGCGAGAAUCUCGGUGAGAAAGUUGCGGAUUUAGAGGAGCAGGUCGGCGGGUUAAGGGAUGCCUAUGAGAAAGCAUCCAGCGAACGCGACAGUCAGCAAGGUACGGUCGAUGGCCUGCAGCGGGCGCUGCAGGAGAUUCAAACGGCUCGGAAACAGGAAUUACGCGAGCUCGUGGAAAGCUCCGAUGCGCAGCUGGAAGAGCUUCGGAAGUCCUUGCGGGAUGCUGAAAAGCAAGCUGCCGAUGCCGACAAGGGUCUCCAAUCCGCACAGGAAGAACUGGAGCGGGUACGGCCAUUUGAGAAGGAGGUGAAGGAGAAAAAUUUGCUGAUUGGCAAAUUGCGGCACGAAGCCGUGACGCUCAAUGAUCAUCUCACGAAGGCCUUGCGGUUUCUCAAAAAAGGCAAGCCCGAAGACAACGUCGACCGGCACAUUGUCACCAAUCAUCUAUUACAUUUUCUUGCCCUGGAUCGGUCUGAUCCGAAGAAGUUCCAGAUCCUGCAGCUCAUUGCCGCCCUUCUAGGCUGGACGGAUGGUGAGUUUCCAUUCCAUCAUCACCGGCACCCACCGCUGACCAGUCUAACAGAACAGCGUGAGCAGGCCGGUCUUGCCCGCCCGGGGACGUCGACCAUGACGCUGCGCGUGUCUGGUACUCCGCAUCGCACACCGAGCACGCCGUCUCUGGCGACCGAUUUCAUGGACAAUGGGGCCUCGAGCAAGGAGACGCUGGCAGAGCUGUGGUCCAACUUCUUGGAACAAGAAGCACAGGGCGGGGAUCUCAACAUGAUGCGACGAGGCAGCCACCCGGGGCCAUCCCGGCCAUAA